CAACACCACAGAAAGAACUGGAAAAUGGCACUUCCGUCCCCAGAGCACCACCACAUUGUCUAUCUUCAGGGUGAAGUGCUACAGAUCCCCACGUUUGCUCUCCCACCUCCAUAUACUUAUUCAGAGACGAUCUACCCCCGGACUGCCGUCUCCGAUGUAUCUACACGCAUUCAUAAUGCCUCGAUCCUAGUUGUAUCCGCCCUCAGGGUCGACGCACAUGCCCUAGCUCCCGAGACAAGUCCCUGUCUGAAGCUCAUUGUCGUGGUAGCUUCGGGGAUUGACUGCAUCGACCUAGAUGCAUGCAGGAAGAGAGGCAUUGUUGUUAGUAACUGUCCGAACUCCAACGUCGAGGCUGUAUCCGAGCAUGCCAUAGGACUGUACUUUGCUACACGACGAAAACUACUGGAGAUGCACCUGGCGACUAGGGCCGGGGAAUGGUCACAAAAAGGGUUCCUGAUGUAUAAAUGUCUAGACAAAGAUGGAAUGCCACCCCUGACUUGCCAGGAUGAAGUCGCUGGAAUUAUCGGGAAUGGGAGUGUAGGGAAACGAAUUGCCCUUCUCGCGCGUAACCUGGGAAUGAAAGUGAUCAUUUCUGAUCGCAAGACAUCCGAUGCGGCGAAAUCUUCAGAGGGCUCCGAUGACAGUGAAAGGGUCCCCUUCGACCUUGUGAUCAAGCAGAGUACGGUUCUAUUUAUUGCGCUUCCGCUCAUGGAUUCCACUCGGAACCUCCUCUCCACAAUAGAAUUUGAAUCCAUGUCCCCGCAUGCUGUUUUAGUGAAUGUUUCCCGAGGAGGUAUCGUGAACGAGGAGGCCCUCAUCCAGGCGUUGGAGCAGCGCAACAUCUUCGGCGCAGCAACCGAUGUGUUUCGCGAAGAACCUGCUGGGCCGGGGAACUCCCCAUUACUUCGAGAGAAUACUCAAGAUUUGAAUCUUGUCACCACGCCUCACUUGGCUUGGUUGUCCCAGAAGACAUCCAUUAAUUAUUCCCAGAAGCUAAAACAGGCUGUGGAGGCAUGGUGUGCAGGGGGAUCCGUGAAUGUGGUGACAUGAUAGAUCAUCUUUUUCUGCGUAGUCCAU